AUAGCUCGAAAUUCAAAUGUUUUUCAUUUGAAAAUUCACCCCAACCUUUGAUAAAUCUGCCCCUAAAUAUUGGUACUGUAUGGCUUAAAAACUGCUAGCGGUGUUGUGAAUCUGUUUGAAUCUAUUGAAUUACAGAAAAUUCAAUUUUUUCUCUAAAAAAAAGUGAAAAUCUAAAAAUGUGAGUUGGGUGUUGUACUUGGUCCUACAUACAAUAAUUUACCAAUGCUGAUAUUUUAUACAUAUAAUAGUGUGCUUUCUAGUAGUGAUUCUUCUAAAGCACAUAUAGUAUAUAUAAAUAUACAGUUGAAGGCUUAGGCACACACUUAAAUAAAUCUUAACCUGGGAGCAAAUCAGAAACAUAAUACACAUAAUACAUAAUACACGUCAUACACAUUAUACACAUUUUUCUGUUACUGAAAUUCCUGGUGUUCAUCAGCUAUUUUGUCAAUAUAUAUAUUUAUACAAAUGAUCUUUCUCUUUGUCUCCAUAGAGAGAAUAAACAUGUGGCGUUCUAUCUGCAAUUGUUUCCGUUGCUUUCGCAAGAAACAACCAGAUAAACCCACAAAUCAAAAUAUUACGAAACAAGAUCAAUCUAAUGAAGAAAUCAUAGUGAUACUACCCAAUGAAAUUGAUGAAGUCGUUGUUGUGAAUCAGCCAGAAGAAGCUGCUGAAGAAAUAGUUGUGGUAAGUAUCUAAUAUUGAAAUUCAACUAUAGAAACAACAAUACCACUUUCAUAGACACAUUCAUAACAUCAUUGACUUUAUUAUUAAAACUAUUUUAUUUGUUGAUGAUGAAAUGAUAUUUUCUCUGUUUGCUAGGAAUAGCAAUUUGGAAUUUCCAAUAUUAUUUGAACAAAUCCCUAUACUGACCCUGCAUUUAUUUAUAAACAUUAAUUGUAUUUCCUUAAAACUUUUUUCAGAGACUAAACAUACACUAACUUUGCAUGUAAUAAUCUUUAUGGACAAUAGACCUUUAAUUGCAUAAAAUAAUGCCACCUUUUUAUCUCUUAUCCAGGCUCAAAUAGAGAAGCCCACUGAAGAAAUCUGCCUGGAGGAGCCAGAGCAAGAAACAGAAAAUGAAAUAGAAAUCAGCCAGGAAAGCAUAAAAGAGGUGAAUAGCUGUCAUAAAAAUUGCCCUAUAUUUCAUGCAGGGUUAUAUUUUAGCUUCUUUAUAACAGAAAUAACACUCAUAACAUCUCUUCCCCUUUCUUAACCAGGAGAAUUCGGAUAAUCCUGAAGACAAUGAGAACACUGAGAUGUGCCAGGAAUUUGAACGUGAACCUGAGGAGAUCAGCUUUGAGGUUAGCAGAAACCAGGAGGAACAGCUUAGUGAGCAGGAAGAGAGAUCUGAUAACAACACCUGCCACUAUCAGGACAACAUAGAAGCAUCUGAACAAAUUCAGCUAGAGCCCUAUGAAAAUGUAUUGGAGUUGUUUGAGGAAAAUGGAUUUGGAUCUGAGGAACCUCAAGGAGAGUCCUGUGUGGAAUCUGAACUAAAGUCUUCUAAGGAAAACAUAGAAGAAUCCGAACAACUUCAGCUAGAGCCCUAUGAGGCAACUGGAAAUGUUCUGGAGUUGUUUGAAGAAAAUGAAUAUAGAUCUGAAGAACCUCAAGGAGAGUCCUGUGUGGAAUCCGAAAAAAAUUGUUCUAAGGAAAACAUAGAAAGAUCUGAACAACUUCAGCUAGAGCCCUAUGAGGCAACUGGAAAUGUUUUGGAGUUGUUUGAGGAAAAUGUAUAUGGAUCUGAAGAACCUCAAGGAGAGUCCUGUGUGGAAUCUGAACUAAAGUCUUCUAAGGAAAACAUAGAAGGAUCCGAACAACUUCAGCUAGAGCCCUAUGAGGCAACUGGAAAUGUUCUGGAGUUGUUUGAAGAAAAUGAAUAUAGAUCUGAAGAACCUCAAGGAGAGUCCUGUGUGGAAUCCGAAAAAAAUUGUUCUAAGGAAAACAUAGAAAGAUCUGAACAACUUCAGCUAGAGCCCUAUGAGGCAACUGGAAAUGUUUUGGAGUUGUUUGAGGAAAAUGUAUAUGGAUCUGAAGAACCUCAAGAAGAGUCCUGUGUGGAAUCCGAAAUAAAGUUCCCGACUGAAAUCUCUGAAAAAGAGCAAGUAAAGGACCAAAGAAGGAUAGAGUGCCUUAAUGAGGAGGUACCAAAGAAAAUUGACAACAGGACCACAAAUAUAAAUAUAGCGAAAAAGGAAGAAUUAAAUAGAAAAAUAACGAAAAAAGAAAAGUGUGUCUACCGUACCCAAGAAGACUUUAGCAAGGAGGAUGAUAAAGAUCCAUUUGCCAAAUACCCAGAGCCCAGGGGAAAUUUAAAACUUGGAGAGGCCAUCGGAGAAGGCAAUUUUGGAGUUGUCCAUGUGGGUUGGCAUAAUAUCAAACGCAAAGAAGUGGCCGUUAAAAUAAUAAAGAACAUAGAGGAUGAAGAUAAAAUCCUUAAUGAACUGGAAAUACUUGAGAAGAUCUCUGGCCAUGAGAAUAUCAUCUCCUUUUAUGGCGCAUUUUACCAAAAGCCUGCUAGAAGGAUUAAUCAAGAGCUAUGGAUUGCUACAGAACUUUGUGAUGGUGGAUCAGUACUUGACCUAAUAAAAAGCAAAAGGAAUCGUUCCUUAGAAGAAAGCUGGAUUGCUUAUAUCUGCAAGCAGGUGUUACAGGGCUUGUAUCAUCUCAGAAAACAGAGAAUUUUACAUUGCGACGUGAAGCCCGAAAAUCUGAUGCUAACUGAAGACGCAGUUGUAAAGAUAAUUGAUUUUGGUGGUGCUGUCACGGGAGGAAAAAGUGAUAGCCCUGCUGGAGAUAUGGCAUAUUUAUCACCAGAGGCCAUUGUCUGCAUGAGUAAGAGAGGCGAAUUUGACCAUAAGGCUGAUGUGUGGUCUUUGGGAAUGUCAGCCAUUCACAUGGCAGAAGGAUGUGUCCCAUACAACAAACUUCCUGACAAGGCUUUGAUCCAACAAAUUACUCGUGGUCCGGCUCCUACGUUGAAAGGGAACAAAUGGAGUGAAAAAUUCCACUACUUUAUUGAGGAAUGCCUGCAGAAAAAUCCUGCUGAGAGACCAUCUGCAAGGCAGCUCUUGUCACACCCUUUCAUCACAGAAAUAAGCAAUGAAAGGGUUGUACAGAAGAAUAUUAUGAAACAUCUGCAGAGAGGUAAGAAAAAUAGCUUAUUCUUAUUGUCAUUCUGUAACUAUCUGUUGUCCUAUACAAACAAUAUUCUCUGGCUUCAAAUAACAAAGGCAUAGACUGUUAGGGUGUGGGUUACUGAACUAGGCCACAUGUAGGAGUGAGACCCAUAAGGUGAGAUGGGAGACAAUGUUAUUGUUGGAUAGUUGUAGCUGACUGUUAAAUAAGCAGAAAAAGGCACGUGACAUUAAACAUGUAAUGAUAAAAAUUGUAAAUGCAAACAUAAAAAAAUUAAGAAAUUGUAAAAUGAUUGUAAAAUGUAUACACCUGCUUCAUGACUAACAAUGAACAAUAUUUCAUACUAGCAAACCGUUGAAGAUAAAAGAAGAAAAUGUUGAAGUUGAAUAACAGAUCGACAUCCACCAUCUGCAGAUGACCAAUUGGUGGAGACUGAGAAACCACCAAACUGCCUAAAGAAAUUCUUCUGUGAUUGGAUACAAACAGAUCCAAGGAACUACCUGGAAGAAAAAAAGAUCCAGGGCAGCCAUCGGGGGAGGGACGGGGGCAGAAAAACUAGGUUUCCGAUGGCUGCCCUCCAUGGAAUCCCACUUGGAUAAAUUUAUCAAGACUGUAAAAAAUUACUUUUUAUAAAAAAAAAAAAUUUUUUAA